CUGUAAACAACUGUCAAAAACUAACUUAUCAGCUAUCAGGUAUCAGGCUAUCACCUCAGCUUUGUAAUCAAUCAGAUAUUAAAGAAGUAAAAUAGUUUUUAGAAAUUCUAAUUCAUCAUGGCUGAAGACAGUAUGGGGAAAACCUUAAAAUUUGGCAAAAUGCCGGAAGGGAAAACUGCACUUUUCAUGUGUGAUUUACAAGAAAAGUUCCGUCCUGCAAUGUUUCACUUUACGGAUGUGGUUUCAAACGCGAAAAAACUGGUGGAAUCAACUAAAAUACUUGAAAUUCCACUUGUUGUAACAGAACAAUACCCUCAAGGAUUAGGAAGCACUGUCAAUGAAAUCAACAUUCAACAUGCUGUUGGCACAAUUGCUAAAACAAAAUUCAGUAUGUUUGUUCCAGAAGUUGAAAACAUUUUGAAAACUACAUGUAAUGGACAGUUGAAGUGUGCUAUUCUUUUUGGAGUUGAGGCACAUGUUUGUGUGGAACAAACUGCAAUUGAUUUGAUCAGCAAUGGAAUAAGUGUACACAUUGUGGCUGAUGCUACAACUUCAAGGACUCAAGAAGACAGACUGCUAGCCUUUGAGAGACUGAAGCAAAUAGGCUGUUUUAUUGCAACCAGUGAAAAUGUUAUCUAUAAACUCAUUGGUGAUAAAAAUCAUCCAAAAUUUAACGAAAUUCGUCCGCUUAUUAAAGACACUACGGUUGAAACUGGCUUAGUGUCAAAAAUGUAAGAGAUUAAAAAAAAAACAGUUGCUAUUUUUCCAAAAGUUUAUAGUGGUUACUUUUGAAUAGUGGGGGUAAAUAAAUACAUGAUUUAUGAAUGA